AGCUCGUUGUUGACCGCAAACCCCAAGAACCGAUCGCGAGGCAAGUUAAGAAUUUCAUGUUUCCUUUUGUACAAACAAGUUCACAUAUCGCGAUCGGCAUGAUCGCCUUCGUGGACAAUCGCGUUACGGUGGAAGAUGCUGUAACGAGUAGUGGCGCACAGUGAAACGGCCCUUUUCUAGCGAGGAAAAGUGUGUCAACGGUGAGCAGGGAAAUCCGUGGUGUGCCACGCCACGCGAUUACACGCAGGUCGAAGUGCUAAUCGGUUCGUUGUUGUGAUCUGUAGAGAGUGAUCUGUUACGAAACUAGCCAGCCAGUUAAUGCUACUCUUCCGGGGCCAGAGGAUUAAAAAGGAAAUCUUCGCUUAUAACCCGGGCCAUUUCCGCCGUUAUGCGGUGCGUCGUCUGCCUGUUGAUCUCAUCCCACCGCCGACUGUGACUCAUCGGAGCGUGCGAAUCCUCUCGACGCCACCUUCCUCUCAUCUCUACCGUCCAAACAACGCCCAAAAAUGUCGUCUUCCGCCUCCAAGAGCAAGCCGAAAAAGACGAGUAACCUGCGCAUCCUGUGGAUUCCGGGCCGCAAGAAGCACAAUCGUAAGGGUACCUUCAAUCCCACCAAAAGCGGUCUUCCACAAACUUACGGAAUGCAGCCCCGCAAAAAUGAACCCUGGACGCUGGGAGGACCGCUUAAUCACAGUAAAAUCAUAAACGCAAAUUUCUUUUUCAGGGAACUACCGGAACAUCACCUGGACUUAGCGACGAUGGCCGGAAUUACUACUGGUGCGAUGAGUCUCGUUUCGAAGGGGACAACCGAGCCUGACGCUAACUGCGCUGCUAUGCCGCAGAUAGCGACGACCGAGCUGAACGGAUCGAGUACUAAUCCGGAGGCGAUCGCUACUAGUACCACAGAACAGCCACAGCCGGUCGAGGACGAAGGAGCCGUUGGCGGAAGAUCUUCGCCAUCUUCGACGAUCGUCGUACCGAUCGAGUUGAAUAAUCUGAACGGUGGUGAUGUUGCCAACAGUAAGGAAAAAGAAAUCGCAACCAGCAACCAAUUCGAGGCGUUGGCUCUGAUCGAUGAAGAUGAAGAACCGGAAGUAAAGGAUCGUAACUGUUCGAAUGCACAGUCUUCCUCGUCGUUGCUGUCAUCGAACAAUGAUAAUCGCUCAGUAGAGAACGUACACAACGGCAGCACACUGGCCAUCGGGGAGCAGCACCAGGCACAACAGAAUCAACAGCAGCAACAGCAGCAGCAGCAGAAGCAUAGUCGACAGCGGCGCCGUAGUACUGCUUCGAAAAAGAACAGCGCAGAUGAGGACAUUGAUUCGAUUGAUCGGGCGGAUAGUGCGGUCGAUAUGGUUCGGGCCUUUGCGGAACGCGAGCCGCAUCUUUUCGAGUAUCUGGACAAUGGUGUGCCCUAUCUGAAGCGCAAACCGAGAACGCCGUGCGUGGUGAUGAUGAAGAAGGAGCGACGCAGAAAUCGAUCUCGCAAGCGGUCCACUGUCCGGCGCCGUUCACAACAGGCUUGCGGUAUUCAGGCUAUGAAAUCGAACGAAAAGCAGGAGCUGCUGGACGAGGUAGAUGGAAAAAUGAAAAAGAAUCCCAAAUCCAAGGAGCCCGAUGAUGCUGCCGUCGAGUGUCUGUACUGGUCGCUCGUCUGCUGGGAUUGUAAUAUUUUGUAGAGAGAGAAAUAGCUAGAGAGGGCGUAAAAGUGCAGACAAAAAGGCUAGCGAGAACCACAUGAAAGUAAGUUAUUAAAUGGUGAACAAUAGGAAGAGCGUGCAUGAAUCAUCGACACGCUCGUGGCGGCAGAGAUGGUAGCCUUUGCACGACGUUUAUCUCGUUUAGGUUAGGAUGACACAAUAGGCACCUUCUCGCAAGUGCGUACCGUGAUGACCCCCCUUGGUCACUUUGCUCUUGAAAAAGCACAGUAGUUUAGGCUGAUACUCAAGGGUCAGCGAGACUCUCAGGCAAGUCUUGCCAAGGCAAUAGCUAGUAAUCUCAGUAUUUGGAUCCAGGUGUUCUUUUGUAAACCAUAGAGCUCAUAAACCCGUUUUUGAAUUCAUUUUCUCCAUUACCAACAAGCGACACAUAGGACUACGAGAAAGCGAGUGAGAGAGGCAGCAGGGAGUACUUUUGAAAUAAUAUUUCGAACUAUUUAUACGCGAAAGCGAACGAAGGCAGAGCACAGUGCUCGUUUCUUUUUCUAUAAAGUUUAAACAAAAACAACCAGUGACUGCAG